AUAGACGCUUAGCGAUAGCUGCGCCGCUGUCUCAAGACUUCUUAUUGGCUGACCUCCUCUCCGUGCGAAGCUUCCAGUGUUUAGAUUGGCUGAGAGCUCUGGCCAGCUGUACUUCAAAGAAGGCGCUCUCUACAACUAGAUAGAGUUUGGGACGCCAGGCACGGAGUGCUGUCAGACCUGUGAUUGCGGAAAGGCGAAUUGUGUUUAAGAAAUACCUAAUAAUCAUUGAUUAGGAAGACUAAUCCAUUCGGUAAAGAGCAGCCCUGGUUAUGGCUACGUCGAUACUCGGGGAAGAACCAAGAUUUGGAACUACACCUUUAGCCAUGCUGGCUGCAACCUGCAACAAAAUUGGCAAUACCAGCCCGCUUACAACGCUACCCGAUUCAAAUGCUUUUGCGAAGGGCGGAUUUCAUCCCUGGAAAAGAUCUUCUUCGAGUUGCAACUUGGGAUCCAGCCUGCCGGGAUUCGCCGUGGCGACAACUCGAGUAUCUACGGGACUAACGUCGACGACCGGUACGGGAAACAGCGCUUUCUGCUUAGCCUCCACCUCCCCGACCACCUCUGCAUUUACCUCCGACUACAGCAGUCUGUUUUCCAAUUCCGCUAGCGUAUCGUCACAAGAAACCGGACAGUCAGCCUUCAUUUCCAAAGUUCAUACUUCAGCAGAAACCCUGUACCCGAGGGUCGGAAUGGGGCACCCGUAUGAAUCCUGGUACAAAUCUGGCUUCCAUUCUACCAUCUCAAGCGAGGUUACAAACGGGGCAUCUUCAUGGUGGGACGUUCACACAAAUCCGAGCUCUUGGCUCGAAGUUCAGAACCCAGCCAGUACCUUACAGACCUCCUUACAUUCGGGAACUCCCCAAGCUAUUCCCCAGCUGGGCAGCUUUAAUCCUGAUUUCUCCUCUCUGACCCAUUCUGCUUUCAGCUCAACUGGGAUAAGUCCCUCCGCGUCUCACCUUCUGUCCACUAGUCAGCACCUGUUGACACAGGAUGGCUUUAAGACCGUGAUUCCCGCGUACACGGACCCAUCCACCACUAAUUCCAUGAUCUCAAGUGGUAGCUCGGGGUUAGGGAGCUCAUCCAGGUCAUCCAGGAGGUACUCUGGCCGGGCGACGUGCGAUUGCCCGAACUGUCAAGAAGCUGAACGCCUAGGGCCUGCCGGAGCAAGCCUGCGGAGGAAAGGACUCCAUAGCUGCCACAUCCCCGGCUGCGGAAAGGUAUAUGGCAAAACAUCUCACCUAAAAGCCCACCUUCGAUGGCACACCGGGGAACGACCGUUUGUCUGCAACUGGCUCUUUUGUGGCAAAAGAUUUACGAGAUCCGACGAACUUCAGAGGCACCUUCGCACGCACACCGGAGAAAAAAGGUUUGCUUGUCCGGUGUGCAACAAGCGGUUCAUGAGGAGCGAUCACUUGAGCAAGCACAUUAAAACCCACACCGCUGGAGGAGGAGGCAAAAAAGGAAGCGAUAGUGACACGGACACCAGUAACCUGGAAACACCGAGGUCCGAGUCACCAGAACUUAUUUUGGAGGGGGUAAACUCCAACAGAAUCACUGUCAAAGACUCAUCCCCGCUUAACGAGUCAUAAACAUGUAUGAGCCAUAAAAUAUAUUCAAACGACCUCGAAGAUGACUUUAUAAAUGAUUAAAUCAACUUAAAAGUAACACUUUAUUUAAAAGAAAAAAACGGGUCUGGGGUGUGUGCAACGCUGUUGGCUGCACGAUGUUGUCUUUGCCAGAUUUCAUCUGCUGAGCGCAAUACCUUUUAUAAUUCAAAUCACAUCACAAAACUAAUAAAAUGUCUUUAAUCGCAGGCAAUUUAUGAGGCUCAAAUAAUUUAAUUACGACCUUUUUUGCCUAUUAUAUAAUUCAAGCCAGACGGUUGAAGACCUUAUAUGAAUAUUUUUUGUAUGGAUAAACGUACACAAUGCUGCUGAGCGGAACGGGUGAGCUUGGUGGGAUGAUGUGUAUCUUUGACAUUCAUUGUGUACAUAUAAAAUAACGAGGAACAUGUUAUUUUUCCCUGUAUAUGUUCAUGAUCGUUUUGUCCGUGGUUCGUUUCCUGAAAUUCAGGAAGUUUACUUUCGAUGCACUUUGUUAAUAUCAAUAUGUAUGUAAACAGCUAUUUAAACAUGAGCUUAAUCGUUUCUUUUCUCUCGAGUAAUUGAAAUACAUUCGUUUAAAUAUAAUAUAAACGUUUUCUUGUAUAAGAAAUCGCAAGUAUAAGCCUCCCAUUUUCUUAUAAUUAAAAGGAUCUGCAUCAAAUCCAAAGCGUUUGUUCUUUUAUGAGAAAGCAUUUCGUCUUCUAUUAUUUUUUAUUUUAUUAAGAUUAAUGCGGUAAAUUUAUUGAUUGAAAAUAAAAACCUUGUUAUUAUAGCAAUAAUAGCACGGAUCCCGAUUUCUUGGUUGUAUUGUCAGUAUGUUUACUACUUCUAGAAUAGCUAAAUAGUAAUGCAAAUUAUCAGGAGUCUAUUCUGAUUCAAUCACAUAUUG